CUGCUACAGAAUCCCGAUUUCAGUGUUUCAACCAACGGGCAUCCACACUUUUGGUACGGGUUUGGUAAAGCUAAAGUCUACGUUCAUCCAGAAGAGAAAUUUGACGGUACAAAUCACGUGUGCGUGUCGACUGAACGGAAAGAAAGCUACGGAGGUCUGGGACAAAACUUGAUGAAUACUGUGUCUCUAGGCCACCGAUACAAGUUCUCUGCCAACUUACGCUUACAUCCAGAUAUGCCAGCGAACGAAAAACACAACAUUAACGUCAAACUACAGUGCCGACUGGCGACGGACGCGUCAUUCCGUUACCUCUUCAUUGCAACGGCCAGCGGUGUUUCCUCAGAGGCCUGGGUUCAAGUUAAGGGCCGUGUGAACAUGCCCCCUGACAUCCCUGGUAACCAGCUGAUUGCUGCUAUAUUAUACUUUGGUAAUGCGCCGACAGAGGUUAGUUUUAUGGUGGCAAAGACAAGGUUAUGCAGUCUGGACCCUACUCCAUCCAUAGCGGAGAAACUAUCCAUCAAGAACUUAAAUCUAUCGAGGGAGUGCUCGGACUUGACCACAGGAGCCCCAGUAUUUAUCUCCUAUCAAUGGGACAUCCAGGACAAGGUCAAGAAGCUAAGGGACAAGCUUGAAAAGUGUGGCAUAUCGUGCUGGAUGGAUAUUGGUCAGAUGGGAGGAGGAGACUCCCUAUAUUCUGAAAUAGAUAAAGGAAUGCGGACAGCCAAGGUUAUCAUCUCUUGUGUUACACGCAAAUACACAACGUCAGAGAACUGCCAGCGAGAAGCCACUCUUGCCGACUGCCUCAAAAAACCCAUCAUCCCAGUCAUCUUUGACAACGAGCUGCAAUGGCCUCCCCCGGGACAGAUGUCUAUGAUAUUUGCCAAGCUUCUCUACAUCAAUGUAUGUAGUGAUGACAAAGAUGAAAUCCCGCCAAUGAAGUUUCAGGAGUUGCUAAGUGAAAUCAAGGAACGAAUUGAGAUAUGAACUAUUAUUUCCAAGUCUUGAUUAGAGUAGGUAUUGUGUGACUGUGUAACGCAUACGGUACAGUACCGUCACGGCGUGGCCACCAUGACGGCACGUUCCGUACGGAAUUGACGACACUAAUUACAGCCCACGACGUAACUGCUCAUCCAAUCACAAUGCUCGGUCACGGCACUGUCAUGGUCACGGUCACGUCACGUUAGUUUGAUACUACCGUAGUUAUUCACAGUCACACAACAUUCGCUCUAGGUCCUAAUAGAGGUUUUGCACCAUCACGUGACGGCAGCCAUGUUAGAUGGCAUGAACAAUACAAUCGUUUUACAUAAGAAAGAAUUCAAUCCCCGAGAGCAAAGGGAUUCUAUUCUUCGUUUGCACGUUACGUCAUCGCGGCCAUGUUGGUACCAUUUACCACAAUGGCCGCCAUGUUUUUAUCUUUUAACUCUCUUGGGAAUGCUUGCCACCCAUCAAGUGUUCUGCUAUCUAGCCACAGGCAGUCCAAGUUGUAUUAUGGGCGCCAGCACCUGAUGGUGCAAAAUCUCCAUUGCCAAAACACAAUACCGGCCUUUAGAAUCAUUAUCAAAGUAAAACUAAGUAAAUCUA